AUGGCCGCGCCGCGACUUGUAGCUUAUCUGCCUGCAGGGAAAUCCCGCGAUGGUCUCUACGAACCUCUACUGCAAGAGUCGGAACGCGAGGCCGUCUCUGAUCUCUUGCAAUAUCUCGAGCAUCGUGGAGAGACCGACUUCUUCUCGGGAGAGCCACUUCGGGCGCUGAGCACACUCGUCUUCUCGGACAACAUAGACUUGCAGCGAAGUGCAAGUUUGACCUUUGCAGAGAUCACGGAACGAGAUGUGCGAGAGGUCGACCGAGAUACACUGGAGCCUAUUCUUUUUCUCCUGCAAAGUCCUGAUAUUGAGGUGCAGAGGGCUGCCAGCGCAGCUCUGGGAAAUCUUGCCGUCAAUACCGAAAACAAAGUCUUGAUAGUGCAGCUUGGUGGUUUGACACCACUCAUCCGUCAAAUGCUAUCCCCCAACGUCGAAGUCCAGUGCAACGCCGUCGGCUGCAUCACAAACCUCGCCACACAUGAAGAUAACAAGGCAAAGAUUGCAAGAUCAGGCGCGCUCGGCCCGCUCACACGACUGGCCAAGUCAAGGGACAUGAGAGUACAACGGAACGCGACUGGAGCUUUGCUGAAUAUGACACAUUCUGAUGAGAAUCGCCAACAGCUAGUGAAUGCGGGUGCGAUCCCUGUGCUCGUCCAGCUUCUCUCCUCUCCAGAUGUCGAUGUUCAAUACUACUGCACCACAGCAUUGAGUAACAUUGCAGUCGACGCAAACAACCGCCGAAAGCUUGCAGCCUCCGAAAACAAACUCGUCCAAUCGCUGGUAAAUCUCAUGGAUUCUUCUUCUCCCAAAGUGCAAUGCCAAGCUGCUUUGGCACUGCGUAACUUGGCCUCGGAUGAGAAAUACCAGCUUGAUAUCGUUAGGGCCCAAGGCUUGAACCCGCUCCUACGACUGCUCCAAUCCUCGUACCUGCCACUCAUCUUGUCGGCCGUCGCCUGUAUUCGGAACAUCUCCAUCCACCCGAUGAACGAGUCGCCGAUCAUUGAAGCUGGAUUCUUGAAGCCAUUGGUGGAUCUUUUGGGAUCAACCGACAAUGAGGAAAUCCAAUGUCAUGCCAUCUCGACACUUCGCAACCUGGCUGCAAGUUCGGACCGCAACAAGCAACUAGUACUCGAGGCUGGUGCUGUACAGAAAUGCAAGCAGCUCGUCCUGGAUGUUCCGGUUACGGUCCAGUCUGAAAUGACAGCUGCCAUUGCCGUCCUGGCAUUGUCCGACGACCUCAAGACUCACCUCUUGAACCUCGGUGUUUUCGAUGUUCUGAUUCCACUGACCCACUCGCCAAGCAUUGAGGUUCAAGGCAACAGUGCUGCGGCUUUGGGUAAUCUGUCAUCUAAGGUUGGGGAUUAUUCCAUCUUUAUUCAGGACUGGCAGGAGCCCAACGGCGGCAUUCACGGAUACUUGAGCAGAUUCCUCGCUAGCGGCGAUGCUACGUUUCAACACAUUGCCAUUUGGACUUUGCUACAGUUGCUCGAGUCAGAGGAUAAGACCCUGAUUGGCCACAUUGGAAAGUCGGACGAUAUUGUUGAGAUGAUCAAGCAAAUUGCCAAUCGCCAACCCGAGCCUGACAACAACGAAUACGCCGAAGACGAGGAUGAAGGCGAGGUAGUCAACCUUGCCCAGCGCUGCUUGGAGUUGCUGGGGCAAAGCUCGUCCAAAACCCACAUUGAGGGCUAA